AUGAGCUCUCCCAGAAUCGCCGUGCUAGUCAACUCACCACCACCCAACCAGGACUUCUGGAAUUUGAUUCAGAUAGCUUGGACAGAAUGUUUCAAAGCAGUAGCACCGACCGCAACAGUCCACUUCUACGACCCAGUUAUCGAGCAGAAAUUCCCCGAUGCCACAAACUACGACCUCAUAGCCCUAAGUGGCGGCAAGGCAGAUGCAUCCUCCUCAGAGUCCUGGGUUCUAGGCGUCGAAUACGGUCAUCAGCCUAUUACCAGGGCGUUUGGUGGUGUUGUCGGACCUGUACCCACGGGUCCUAUUGCUGCGAUCCAAGAUAUCCGAGCACCGGAACUCCAUGACCGCGAAGCAGCCAAGGCAGCACCAGAUUUUAUUCACCGUGCCGUAAACCACGAAUGUUUUGUCAGUGAGGCAAAUAAGGUCCUCACUUUCCAGGCUCAUCCUGGAAUUUCCAAUGUACUGGCGAAGAAGAUGCUCCUAGAAGAAGACCCCGUGUAUAAUGGCAACGCGUCAGCUGCAGCGCUCGAACAGGAGGUUCAGAAACUGGAUCACCCGACAGAUGGCCUCAAAUUGUUGAACUGA